AUGUAUGACAAUUUGUACCUGCAUGGAUUUGAAGACUCGGAGGCGGGCUCAGCUGAUUCCUACACUAGCAGGCCGUCCGACUCGGAUGUGUCAUUGGAGGAGGAGAGGCAGGAUGUGGGGAGCCAGGGCCGGCAAGAACGAGAGCAGCAGGCCGCCGUACAGCUGGAGAGAGCAAAGGCCAAAGCGGUGGCCUUCGCCGUGAAGACUAAUGUCAGUUAUUGUGGAGCGCUGGAUGAAGAUGUGCCUGUGCCAGGAACAGCCAUUUCAUUUGAUGCUAAGGACUUCCUGCAUAUCAAAGAGAAGUUCAAUAAUGACUGGUGGAUCGGGCGGCUGGUGAAAGAGGGCUGUGAGAUCGGCUUCAUUCCCAGCCCUCUGAAGCUGGAAAACAUCCGAGCCCAACUGGAGCAGAAGAAGAGCCGUGUUCAAGGUAAGUCCAGCGGAAGCUCCUCCUCCAGCUUGGGGGAUAACAACUAUUCUGAAGUCCUGUUUCUUUUUCUCUUUGCAGGCAAGCAGAAACAAAAAGUGACUGAGCAUGUGCCUCCCUAUGAUGUCGUGCCCUCCAUGAGGCCUGUGGUUCUGAUUGGUCCAUCCCUAAAAGGAUAUGAGGUGACUGAUAUGAUGCAGAAAGCUCUCUUUGACUUCCUGAAGCACAGGUUUGAUGGCAGGAUAUCUAUUACCCGUGUGACUGCUGACAUCUCCUUGGCUAAGAGAUCUGUGCUGAACAACCCGAGUAAGAGAGCCAUCAUCGAGCGCUCCAACACCAGAACCAGUCUCGCUGAAGUGCAGAGUGAGAUUGAGCGCAUCUUCGAGUUGGCCCGCUCCCUGCAGCUGGUAGUGCUGGACGCAGACACCGUCAACCACCCGGCUCAGCUGAUAAAGACAUCACUAGCUCCCAUUAUCGUUCACGUCAAAGUGUCCUCACCGAAGGUCCUCCAAAGACUGAUUAAAUCCAGAGGAAAAUCUCAGAGUAAACAUCUCAAUGUGCAGCUGGUAGCAGCUGAUAAACUGGCACAGUGUCCACCAGAGAUGUUUGACAUCAUUCUGGAUGAGAAUCAGUUGGAGGAUGCGUGUGAGCACUUGGCCGAGUAUCUAGAGGCGUACUGGAAGGCCACACACACCUCCAGCAGCACUCCACUCAACCCACUGCUGGGGCGAAACCUUGGCCCCUCUGCCCUUGCUCCGUACCCCUCCACCAUCUCCGGCCUGCAGGGCCAAAGAACACGGCACGCCAACCACGCAGGAGACCACUCCACAGCUAACGAGCGGCGCAACCUGAUGACUCCGGAUGAAAACUACCACAACGAGCGGCCUCACAAGGGCCGCAGCAACCGCAGCUCAUCAGGCUCACAGCAAGGUCGAGAGCACCACCACUACAUGGACGAGCAGCAGGACCCUUACCAGGACAGCUACAAACCACACCGCAACCGCAGCUCACCGGGCAGCUACAGCCAGGACUCACACCACCGGCUCUGAGCAAGUUCCAUCCCCUGCGCUUGAGUCCAUUGUCAUUUAACAUUGCGUUUCUUUGGUAUGCAUUGAGUUUUUUUUGGUGGACGUCAUAAGCUCCUCCUGCAGCCCAGUCAUCUGACUUGCAUCUCCAUCUGCACGAAUGACAUGCUGAG